AAUGAAGAGAAAUCUAACCGUAUCAAAGCAGUUAAUCUCUAUCAGCUACAAAUCCAAUUUCCACAGGGCCAAUGCUCAAGGUUCCAUUAGCUUACAGCAGGAUGAUGCUUCUUCAAUGUCCGAAUAUUUCGAGAGUUGGAAUGACGAUGUUGGAAUUGAACCCUCUGCUACUAACAAAGAUACACUUAUUUUAGAGGUGGACCACGAAUCUGAGUUAAAAGACAUUCAGAUGCUACUAGAGCCAAUCUUGCCGAAAGAUAUUCAUAUAUCAAACAUAUCAACUGUACCAGGAAUGGAUAAUUUCGUGACCAAUUUACAGUUUGUGACCAGGGUUUGGCGAAAAGAUAUCAACAUCAAGGAUAAUUCCGCUUUUGUUAAUAUAUUCAAUGACCUACUCAAGAGUCAAGUAUUUAGAUUAAGGCAUAUGACACCUUGCGCUCUUGUUGGGUUAGAUUUUGAUAUUGAAUUAGCCGACGACGACGAAAUUCAGGUGGCUUUAACUGCAAUGGUCAUUGGAGAAGAUGAAAGUGCCGAUACAGCUAGGGAAGGAAGCAAUUCUGUGAGUGGAGAAGAACUAGUCUUUUCAAUGGACGACUCUCUUGAAAAUAAAAAGGGAAUUAAGAAAACAUCUUCUGUAGGAUCCAAGAGUUCAAUAGCUAGUUCUAUCAAGAAGAAAUAUCACAUACCUCGAAAAAAUGUAUUAAUUACGGAAUUAACUCCACUUCCUUACGUUCCAUCAUCGACUUUAAACCAAUUUUUGGGUCAUUUGAAUUUCUUUAUUAUUCGAGAGUCCACUUCAGUUAGAGGGGAGGGUGGUCCUUCGGGAUUUUUGCAUAGCUUUCUCUCUGAAAUAUUUGCCAUUUGCCGAGCUCAUGUUAAAGCUAUAGGCGGAAAUGCACUUGUCUCAUUCAAGUUAUCCGAAUGUGUAUUGGAUGAUAAUUUGCACAGAAAUCAGAGUCAAAGUCUGGUAAACGUUAGUGGAGAUGUCGCUUCCAUACAUUUUGAACCAUCAAAUUGUCGUUCCGUAGUUUCGACUAUGGCUGAUAAACUAGACAACAAGAGAAACGAUGAUUUUUGCGGAUUUGAAAAUGACUCUGUGAAGCAAGUUCAUCAAACGUACGAAAAUCAGGCUUUCUCGCCCGAUUCACCGUCUGAAAAUGUUCCAAAUGAAAAUGCAAAGAAACGACAAAAUCAAAAUCAAAAUCAAAUAUCGCCUUUUGAAGAGGAUGGAGGCAAUAGAACUGAAAUAAAUGAAAGAAGGGGACUUAUUUUUAGAAAAAUUGAGCAUUUUCAAAAUAGAUCAUCGCAUUUCUAUAAUCAGAAUAGAAGUGUUAUUCUAAAAAUUAUACAAUUAAUCCUUUUAAUUGGUUACUUUGUGUACUUUGCCUUUGCUAUGAGACAUGAAAGAUUACAAAAUGAACCGUCUAUUAGACUGUUAUGGAUUACUUGUACAGUUGUUUUCUUUAUGAUUUGUAACAUACUUUAUUCAUUCUAUGGUACAAAAGUUGAAUCUGGUUGGAAGUCUACUGGAAACACUAUAAAUAGGAAAUGGCCAUCAUCCAGAAUAUCAGCCUGGAAUUUUUUUAAAUACUUGUUCAUAUUUUUGGUUGUUGCGGGAUUUAUAAUAUUCGUUUCGGUAAACAUCGCUAGAAAAAGACCAAAGAAUCUUAUUUCUCUAAGCGGUCAUGUUAUUUAUAUCAUUCUAUUCUUUAUGUUCUCCUAUAAUCCAGCUAAAGUCAGGUGGCGACCCGUGGCUUGGGGCCUGGGUCUACAAUUUGUGGUAGUAGAAUUUCUUGCAUAUUCUGACGAGGGUGCCAAGUUUGUAUUUGGUGAUAAAUUCACAGAUCAUCCAUUCGCCUUUAAGGUUCUGCCAGUGGUCAUCUUUUUUAGUACAGUCGUCUCUGUUUUAUACUAUCUGGGAGUUAUGCAGGCAGUAAUCCUCAAAUUGGCUUUCGUUAUGCAAAAAACCCUUGGAACAACAGCCGGUGAGAGCGUUAAUGCCGCCGGUAAUAUCUUUAUCGGGCAAACGGAAGCUCCCUUGCUAAUCCGUCCUCUAAUCCACUCGAUGAGCGAUUCAGAAUUGCAUGCUGUCAUGACAGGAGGAUUCGCUUCAAUUGCCGGUGCCGUUAUGGCUUCGUACAUUCUUUUUGGGGUUCCCGCCAAUCAUUUGAUUACGGCAUCCGUAAUGGCUGCUCCUUGUGCUUUGGCCAUGUCCAAACUCUUCUAUCCGGAAGUUGAAAAGACGCCUGAGGAAGCCAGUAAAAAACCGGAGAUGGAGAGGCCGCCCGAGCAGAACGUAAUCGAAGCGGCGGCUUCCGGGGCGUCUACAAGUAUAAAGCUUGUAGCUAAUAUUGCAGCCAAUCUAAUCGCUUUCAUAGCCCUGCUUGGCUUCGUCAAUUCUACGCUCAGAUGGUUUGGUAGAAGAGUUGGACUGGAGCCGCCAAAAUAUCCACCUCUCACUUUCCAACUAAUAACAUCUUACCUUUUGUGGCCUUUUGCUUUUAUUAUGGGGGUAGCCCCGGAAGAUUGCCGUUUGGUGGCGCAACUUGUUGGUUUCAAAACUUUUAUUAACGAAUUUGUAGCUUAUCAAAGGUUGGGUACAAUCGUAUCAAAUUCACGAAAAUUUACGAACCACACACAAAAUGGGGGAAAUUGGACUUACAUUGGACCAGAUAAAGUCGAUAUACUUCUCGAAGGGAAUGUAACUUUAACAGGAGGAGUAAUGAGAAAUGAAAGAUCUAUCGUUAUUUCAACAUACGCCCUGUGUGGUUUCGCAAAUAUAUCUUCAAUAGGAAUGGUUAUCGGAGUUUUAGGUGCAAUGGCACCUGAGAAGAAAAGUAUAAUUGCUAGAAUAGCUGUAAGAGCGAUGAUAGCCGGUACUAUAGCUAGUUUUAUGAAUGCCUGUACAGCUGGUCUGCUUUAUGAAGGCUAA